AUGGCGUCUUCGAUUUCGUUUCAGCUUCCUUUGAUUCUAGUAAUUCCAUUCCUGUUUCUUCAAAUCAACCCUUCACAUUCUCUCGCCUGUUCUUCCCAGAAGUUUUCAGGAAACAGAGUUUAUGAUCAAUGCAAUGAUCUUCCCGAAUUGAGCUCUUUCCUUCACUGGACUUACGAUUCCUCAAAUUCGUCGCUGAAGAUAGCGUUCGUGGCUGCUCCUGCGAAAACUGGUGGAUGGGUUGCAUGGGCAAUCAAUCCUAAAGCGCCGGCGAUGCUCGGAUCUCAGUCGUUGAUCGCUUACGAGGAUGCCGGGAAGAUGACGGUGAAGACUUUCGAUGUGAGUUCUUACAAGAUCGCUCCUUCGAAGAUCGCUUAUGAGGUGUCGGAUAUGGAAGCAGAGAACGCUGAUGGGACAUUUACAAUCUUCGCCACCAUUGCUUUGCCAGCUAAGAUGACGAAGAUUAACCAGGUUUGGCAGGUCGGUAGUGCCGUCGCGGAUGGGAUUCCGGCCGGCCACGCAAUGCAGAAGGAGAAUUUAAACUCUAAAGGGACCCUUGAUUUGACUAUGAAAGCGCAGAACAGCUCUUCUACCUCCUCCAACUCCACCUCUUCUAACAUCUCCAACUCCACCAAGUCUGGAGUAGGAGAUUCUAUUCUCAGAAACAGAAAUGGGAUUUCAAUUUUCUCGUUUUUUACUGGGAUUUUGUUUCUUUUUGUUUGA